CGGAAGCCGGGGCCCGGACGGGCCCGGAGCGGGGGGGGGCCUGUGUGGGGGCGGGAGCGGCGGAGGCGGCCGCCCCUGGCGGCGGGUUUGUUUAUCCCGGGGAAGAAGUUUAGGAGCGGGAGACAGGAGAGAAGGGCGGAUUGGGGAGGAGGGAUGCGGCUCGGCGGAGGCGGUCGCCACAGGGACUCGCCGCCAUCACCUCAGCCGGAGAGGAGCCGCCGCUGGGACUGCCCGCCGCUACCCCUCACGUCCGGUCCUGUUAUGACUUCAUUGUUUUGUAAAAAUUUGUUUUCAUCUCAUUGGAAUGUUGGGAAAUAAAAGAGACAGGAAAUCAUUAAAUAUUAGGGAAAUUACCCCGUUUGUGUGCUCUGUGCAUUGCAAAUACUUUUGUUGGUUUGUUGAUUUCAAGAUUGGUCAUGGUGGCUUAUUAGCUUGCUUCAGAAUCACUGGCAAAAAUAUUGACUAGGAUCAGGCUCUUUUCACAUGGUAAAGUACUCACCUGUGUGGGAUAUUGCAUACAUCUUAGAAGACUGCAAUAAAGUGGCAAUGUCUCGGGAACCCACCCCACCUCUCUCUGGAGAUAUGUCUAUCGGUCCUAUAGCAGAAAGCUGGUGUUAUACACAGGUUAAAGUAGUAAAAUUUUCCUACAUGUGGACCAUUAAUAACUUCAGUUUUUGUCGAGAAGAAAUGGGUGAAGUGUUAAAAAGUUCAACAUUCUCAUCUAGCCCCAGUGACAAAAUGAAAUGGUGCCUGAGAGUAAAUCCAAAGGGAUUAGAUGAUGAAAGUAAAGACUACUUGUCCUUAUAUUUGCUUUUAGUCAGCUGUCCAAAAAGUGAAGUUCGAGCAAAAUUCAAAUUUUCCCUUCUGAAUGCUAAAAGGGAAGAAACAAAAGCAAUGGAAAGCCAAAGAGCAUAUCGAUUUGUACAAGGGAAGGACUGGGGUUUUAAAAAAUUCAUUCGAAGAGAUUUUUUGCUUGAUGAAGCUAAUGGUCUUUUACCAGAUGACAAGCUUACAUUAUUUUGUGAGGUGAGUGUGGUCCAAGAUUCAGUAAAUAUAUCAGGACAUACUAAUACAAAUACGCUAAAGGUGCCUGAAUGCCGACUAGCAGAAGAUUUAGGUAAUCUCUGGGAAAACACAAGAUUUACAGAUUGCAGUUUUUUUGUGAGAGGACAAGAAUUUAAAGCUCAUAAAUCUGUUCUUGCAGCUCGAUCCCCAGUUUUUAAUGCCAUGUUUGAACAUGAAAUGGAAGAAAGCAAAAAGAAUCGAGUGGAAAUAAAUGAUGUAGACCCUGAGGUUUUUAAAGAAAUGAUGAGAUUCAUUUACACAGGGAAAGCGCCAAACCUUGACAAAAUGGCUGACAACUUGUUGGCAGCUGCAGACAAAUAUGCACUGGAACGACUGAAGGUCAUGUGUGAAGAAGCUUUGUGUAGCAGCCUCUCAGUAGAGAAUGUUGCUGACACCCUUGUCCUUGCAGAUUUGCACAGUGCGGAGCAGUUGAAAGCACAAGCCAUAGACUUUAUUAACAGGUGCAGUGUACUUCGACAGCUUGGGUGUAAAGAUGGGAAAAACUGGAACAGCAACCAAGCAGCGGACAUAAUGGAAACAUCCGGGUGGAAGUCCAUGAUUCAGUCUCACCCACAUUUGGUAGCAGAAGCCUUCCGAGCACUAGCAUCUGCACAGUGUCCACAGUUUGGUAUUCCACGAAAACGGCUAAAACAGUCUUGAAACCUUCCAUGAACUGUAGAAAAAUGGAAUUGACUUUUACUCCUCCAGGUCCAGAAGGAUUCUAAUACACAAACCAUAAGCAAGAGUUGUUUCUGUUGUCUUGUCCACAGAACAGAAGCUGAAAAAGCAUAUUGCUUGCAUUUCAGGUGGAUAAUUUAUGGUUUAUUCUUCAGCUUUAAAUUAGACUGAUUAUACUCUAAUUCACUUCAAGGCCUUAAAUUAUCUUCAGUGACUUCUCUUGUUCAUGUAAUACUUUAAUUUUUUUAUUGUGCCUUGUCAUUGAAACCAAGGCUAUGCAGGAUUGCACUAGCUCCAUAAUGCAGUAAUACUGAUAACUGAAGAUAGUAAGUUUCAAAAGGAUCUUCCAUUAGUUUGAGAAAGGCAGAUGAAUUUUGUAGGGUUUGUCCUGUACUAAAAGUUUAAAACUAGGUUUUUCUUUAAAAAAGCACUUGUGUUGGAGAUGACUGGUAAUGUUUCUAGUCUAAGUUCUAUAAAUACAGGAGAACCUGCUUACCUUCAAGGUAAGUUAUGGCAAUACACUGCUUCAGUUCUAAUUUAUUUUUCAUUUCAGGGGGCAAAUAUGCAAUGAGUUGGCCCAAAUUUUUAGUGAAAUUUGUGAUGUUUGUAUGUUAACUGUCCAACAAACUAAGAGAAGCAUAACAAACCUUUAUUUGUGUUUCUUUGUGAGUUUAUCCAAGUUUACAAUGAUUGAGAACUGAUUGAGGUUAAGAUUUCAAUAAGAAGAAAGCAUGUUUAGUGCUGAAUUAAUUUUUUUUUAAUUUAUAGUGACCUACAUUUACAUGAAGAAUUCUAUAUGUUAAAAGUAAGGAUGACCAAAUGUAAAUUUAAUGACUGGGCCAAUUAAGAAAGAUAUAUAUGCACUUUUAAUGUGUAACUUUUAUAUGCUAAAUGGUACUCUUUUUUUUUUUUUCUUUUGAGGGAAUUGAUGUGGUAUAAUUAAUUGUCUUAACUUUUGAAAGAAUUUUUUAAGAAAGAUGGAGGCAAUGGGGAUGUUUGUGAUAAUAGAUUAAGAAAGGUAUUCCCAAUUAUAGUUACAUUGGUUUGACUUUCAGAUAUUCAUUAUUGAACUUACUACUGUUUUAUCACACUUUGGAGAAGGCACCUGAGCAGUAAAUGAAUCCUAAUCUACUCUCCUUCUAAAAACAAUGAACUGUUAUUAUUUGAAGACCAAAGGAGAGGACCCCCAGAAAUAUGUCAGGCUACACCCUGAAACCUUCUUUCCUCCCUAGGUUUCUCCUGUCUGUCUCAGUUACUGUACCAACGUUGUGGAUGAUAAUUGAAAUAAUGCGUAAUGUGAACAGGAUAAACUGUUUAUAAACUGCUUUUCACAGGCCAGUUCUUUAUUAUAAGUGAAUUUUAGCUUUAAAACACAUACACAUCUUCAGUUUGAUCACAGCAGAGGUCUGUUCUAGUGCGUCGUCACGGCGAAGCAGGAGCGAUCAGUGUCGAGUGCUGCGUCGUAUUUCCUCUAGCCGUGGAGUAUGCUGCUUAGGCAGGAUUUGUGUUUGACCACAAGGGGAAAAAGUGUGUCACUGGAAAAAAGAAUGCUUAUAUCUGUAUAUUUACCUAUGUAACUAUUCUCCAGAUUAAAAUUUGCAUAAUUUGUUUAUUUAGUUUUUGAAGUUAGGGCAAAAGGAAAAAAAAUGAAGCUAAAGUUUUAAAAUAGAUAUUAUUUUUGUUAUCUAUUAGGUAUUUACUGAAUCCUAAUAUACCAAGAAUGAUUCAUAUUUACAUUGAACAAACACUGUCAAAUAAUCGUUUGUUAUCCACAUCAGACUGAAGUUUGAAAAGAUGGUAUUUUCAGAUAUCUUCAUUUCUUCUUUGUAGUUUGAGUCUUUGUUGUAUUAACUUAAAUUUAAUAUUGAAAGACUACGUUGGGACAGAAGAAGGAUUCUUACGUAUGAAUGGAUUCUGUCCUAUGGAAGAGUAUUAUAGGGAGCAGAAAUUCACUUCUUAACUAAACCGUAAGAUUGAGCCUUUAAAUUUACAGUGUGCAGCUUAAAAAACACACACAUACAUAUACACUUUAAGGAUUUGAGAUUUUGCCAGGGUCUUAGAAGAAAAAAAUUCCCCUCUUAGGCCCUAGAAUUUUGCUGUCAUAUAUUAAAAAAAAAUACUGGUGUAUCCAUUUAUAUCAAAUGCACACAGAUGCAUUAUGAAUUAAUUCACUGCUUGAAUCUACAUUUCUAACCAUAGUGACUUCAGUGGUAACAUCUAUAAUAUACAUUUCAGCUUACCCUUACUUUAGUGUUUAUUGCAAAUUCUGAAGGGUUUUAUUAUAAAGAUUUUUUUUUUUUGUUUGGUAACACAUUUUGUACCAAAAAUGUCAAACACUGUGCUGUAAGGAUAUCCACGUUUGUAGAAAUGUCCACUUUUCAGAUAAUAUAAUGCCUACCAUUAUGUUAACAGAAUCACAUGGUAGUUGAUUUAUUUUUUUUAUUUAUUAUGUAUAUUUUUGGUAUUGUGGGUUCUUGAGGCAAUGUAAAACUGUUAAUGUAUUCUGAAGUGAGUGUUCUAAUAGCUUUUUUUUUGAACUAUACACAUGAUUUUCAGUAGACACAGAUUUCGUCCAAAGCAGUGUUGCCUUUUGAACUAAAGCCUGCUCCUGUUUCCCUUUUGUCACCUAAACAGCUCUUUCUUAGAAAAGUAGUUACUGGUCUUAAACAUUACAUAUUAUAAAAGUAACCGUUGGAGAACUGUUCUUUAGAUUGAGAUACAGAAACACUAUAUUUGUGCCUUUUUCAUUUUUUAAUUUUAGUGUGUAUCGAUAUUUGGAGCACAAAUAUGAAGGUGCCAUCACAUAUGGCCUGCCAUUGUUACCUCCUUGAAUACUCAUGUGUCAUUGUCUUGAAAUAGUAAUUGGAGAUCCUUGCAUGUAUUAUGUGGUCAUUAGGCAAGUGUGUGUGCGUGUGUAUGUGUGUAUAUGUAUAUUUGCUUGGAUUUGUGUGUGGUAUGUUCAAAAGUGAAUUUCUGAAAAUAGGACUCAGUUAAAUGUUGAAAGUUUAGGUUAGUUGAAAUGUAUUCCAUUUAAAUGUGCUUUAUUUGGGGGGACAAUUGAGGAAAUUAUAAUUCUCAAAAAUGUGACCAAUUUACUGCAUGAUGAAAUGUGAAAACAGUGCCUUUUUAGGACAUCAGUUUUGAAAUUGAGUUUAAAAAUAUUAAUGAAAUCUCUUAAAAAUUUGUCAUGAACAUUAUUGUUUUAUUUUUAAACUAGAUUUAAGUUAGAGCUUUAAUUGCCAGAUGUGUAAUUAACUAAUUUAUUUACCCAUUUAAGUUUUGUGCAUAAAUUCAAAAUCUAAACAGAAUCUUUGUAUGCUUCCUGGUGUUAACUAAAAUAGAACACUAGGGACUUCAGUAAGUUGUUUUAAGUCCAACUCAGCAAGCUUUUCUCAAAGCCAAGUCUACUUGAAGAGGUGAAUAAUUUUGAGUUGGAUGUUCAUGCUCUUUAAUGGGUAAAAUGAAAAUAUUCAGUGUAUUCUUGCAAAACGAGGUGGGUGGGUGGGUUUUAGUGUUUUCAGAUUAUAAAGACAGCACUUUCAGCACACAUAAGAGUAUUUUGCAAACCUCUUUUAUACAGAUUAUGAGCUCUACUUUGUUUAAGUGUUAAAAUGGAAUGAUGUAAAUUUUAGGUCCAGUUGAACAAAUAUUGAGUGCCUACCAUGCGAGAUUUCCUCUUCACUCAGAAUGAAAUCACCACACCGUGUCUUCUGUUUGCAGUAUGUGGACUUUACGUUUGAAAAAGAACUCUUAUAUUUAAAUCUUUUUCUGUUGUUAGAGUUUAUCAUUGUAUACUGUAACCCAGUUAAUUUUUGCCUUCAGUUUUUUAGAAUGAAGAUAUAACUUGAGUCCCAUUUUUGAAAAUAAAAGUCUGCUGAAAUUAUUUAAAAAUUAGUUCUGGGGGGAAUUGAUUUUCAAGAUUCAAAUGUAUAAAGACACAUUGAACUUUUCAGCCUCAUUUUUAAUCAGCUGAUGUCAAUGAUGAGAUACAUACUUUUUGUAUCUUGUUGCUGAAAAUAUUUUUUGCAUUUCAGCACGUUGAGUUAAAAUAAAGUUGUUACUACUUA